GACGGCACCACCCACACAGUUCGCGCUCCACCGCCCACCGUCCUACCGUCCCACGGUCCACCAGCCCAAGUCCAGAUGACGGGGGCCCCAAUUUCUACAUUACCAUUGAUAACCACUUUGCCUGGCCGUACUCGCCGUGUAUAAUGCCUUCUUCAUCUCCUCCUCCUCCUCCUCCGCCCCCUCCCCUUUCCCCACCCCAGCCGCUCGUCGACUCUUCAAAGAACAAUACUCCUCGUUUCGAGUCCACAGCUGCCUUCCCACGCCUCGCCAUUGCCGCCCACUCCACAUCGGCCGAGUCCUCACCCUCCAAUUCGCCUCGAUUCCCGCUUGCCGUCCCGCACGCGACCACUCCCGCCUCUACUUCCGCUUCAGGGGCUCUCGGAAUCCUCCCCUCUCCCAUCGCCGAGGGCUCCUCAACUGCUCGCGCGAGGAGGGCAACCGUCUCUGAUGCCGUUGCUUCCUCCACUUCCACACACCUUUCCCACCCUACAGACAUCGAGAUGGACCCUAUAACCCCAAACCCCGCCGGCCACCGCCGCCGACGGAGCAGCCUUAUGUCCCCAGCCAGCAGCGCGCAGGGGCAGCCUUCCGGGAGAGGUGCUCACACAAGAGGCCCGUCCGUCUCUGGCCAGUUCCACACCGACGAGCCAAAGAUAUCAGAAGAGAGCCAGUCCACCAUAAAGGACAAGAACGGCGUCAUAAGGCAUCCCGCCAACGUCGAUUUCUCGGACGAGGAUUUGCAUGAUGAUGAGGAGACAGGGCUCACCACCAAGGAGAGGCGGAGGAAACAGAAGAAGAAGAGGCGGAACACGCUCCUUGACCAACGAAUAGCACGGGACAACGUCACAGCAGAGGAGAAAAAGGAGGCAGACCAGACCGUCGUACGAAAACUGGCCGUCAAUGGCACACUAAUCGGUCUAUGGUAUCUCUUUUCGUUGGGCAUUUCACUUUACAACAAGUGGAUGUUCGACAGCUCCCGGCUCAACUUCCCCUUUCCGCUUUUCACCACAUCAGUACACAUGCUUGUGCAGUUUACACUGGCCUCUCUCGUCCUUUAUUUCGUACCAUCAUUAAGACCACAAAAUGCGCAAAGGAAUAUGCAGGAAUUCCGUGAUCCGACACAAGAUUCGCAGCCGGAGAAACCGCUCAUGACCAAGAUGUUCUAUCUUACUCGGAUAGGACCUUGUGGUGCUGCCACGGGGCUUGAUAUCGGCUUGGGCAACACAUCUCUCAAAUUUAUCACACUUACGUUUUACACAAUGUGCAAGUCGUCCUCAUUAGCAUUCGUUCUCAUCUUCGCCUUCAUGUUCAGGCUCGAGUCGCCCACAUGGAAGCUUGUGGGCAUCAUUGCCACCAUGACUGCGGGAGUGGUCAUGAUGGUAGCCGGCGAGGUCGAAUUCGACCUGGCCGGUUUUGUUCUCGUCAUCUCUGCCGCCUUCUUCUCUGGCUUCCGCUGGGGACUCACGCAGAUACUGUUGCUCCGAAACCCCGCCACCUCCAACCCGUUCUCCAGCAUAUUUUUCCUCGCUCCUGUCAUGUUCCUCACGCUCAUCUGCAUCGCCAUCCCCACCGAGGGUUUCUUUGAGCUGGUUGGAGGCAUGAGGGGUCUAGUCGAUGAAUGGGGCUUUGCUGCACCCCUGCUUGUCCUGUUCCCAGGUACUAUCGCCUUCCUCAUGACGGCCUCUGAAUUCGCUCUGUUGCAGCGCACCUCGGUCGUCACGCUCUCGAUUGCAGGUAUUUUUAAGGAGGUCGUAACAAUCUCCACAGCAACACUCGUCUUCGACGACAAACUGACCCCCGUCAACAUCUCCGGAUUAUUUAUUACUAUUGGCGCAAUCUGCGCCUACAACUACAUCAAGAUCACCAAGAUGCGAGCAGAUGCGCAGACAGACGUGCAUGGCAGGAGGCCCGACGAGGACGGCGAUAUGACCAGCCCGAGCUCGAGCGGAACCGAUGUCGAAGACGAAGGAGGCGAAGAGACAGGCCUCUUGGCCGCAAGGCCCAGCGCCGAGGUAGAGCAGGGCGACCUCGUGACUGUGGACGGGGACUUUGUAUUCCCGCCGAGACAACCACAGGGACCUGUGCGCGCUUCGAUGGACGAGCGAGAUAAGUCAGAUCGACAAGAUUGAAGGGCAACUCGAGUUGCUGCCCAACCACGCGGACUGAAAGCUAGGAUAAAAUCAAGGACUAGGGGAAAAAAGGAUUCAAAGAUACCCAGAAUUUUCGACAAUACAUGCUCGACUAAAGCAGCAGCAAGCGAGCUUGUUAGCAUAUUAUGCAGGAUAUACUGUACAUUUUCAAAGCAUACAUUGGGAGGAUUUACGGCACUGGAACAUUUUGCUUGCGACUUGUGUUCUACCCCGAGCGGACUGCGUUGUGGCCGCCCGGGAACUACUUAGCACAAGCAGAGAAAACAAAUAUUGUAUAUUCAUAUAGCAUCCACAGGGCGAGGUGGUCAAUCAGAUGUAUAUCCCAAUGAGAGGGCAUGAUAUCGAAAAUUGCAACUACAAGAGGCAAUGCCACUUCUGAUUCUAGAGCUCAAGCCUUCAAGUGUCGUUAAUGAUUGCUGGUUCACUGGCAGACAAUAUUGACGUGACCGAGUACGAACAUGUACUCGGUCAUAAAGACAGGACGUGGAGAACACGUGCUGGCCCCAGGGUAACUAUUUGAUCGCGAGGCAGCAUACGGGAUAUGUUCCAGACCACGGCACAGUUCACUGUCCUGUCAAUUUUUUAAGCUUAAUUCCCACACAUACAAACCGCCACCAUCCCCCCACCUUCUCUGACCACAGCCCUGGGACCUUGUUCCCUGGGGCUUUUGACACAGAGAGGACCGCAAAUUCGUAGGCACACCGGCAAUUGAACACACACGACCAAAUGAAUUCGCUGACUGCAUGGAUUCAGACCAUGCAGCCCUGAAACGAAGGGGUGGAGGAUAUAGCUUGUGCCGACAGGUUUGUGCCCGUCUUGUUUCCGGUUGAUAGACAUAUGCGUGUCGCCUACUAUUUGUAUGACGUUGUUCAAUCAGUUGGAGACUACUCCGGGUCGAGUUGAGGUGAUGCGGAGUGAGUCAAUGAGUACAGUGGUCGGGGGGGUGGCACGCCCUGCAGAUGUGCAGCUAGCCACAGCAGCCAGCGAGGCCUCCCAGCUGCGGAAUCUCGGCAGACGGGGAGAAAGAGCUGCCCCGGCCGUGUGGGGCUCCUGCUCAACUCUAUGCGCAAGGUGGUCCAAAUCCGUACGGGUAAUUCGCGACUCAGGAUGCUCAAGCGCUACAAUAUCGACAGCAACCAUGUUACCAAAAUGCGGAAAUGCGGAGACGGUUCAGUUGGGUCGAAAGUAUGAAUUACAA